AUGGCGCACAUCACAAACCAUGAGCCGGAGACUGUCUUAUCUCGGGCGGCUUUCCAUGGAGACCUCGCCCAGGUCAGUAUGCUGCUCGAGAAUGGCGAAGAUUAUCGAUCUUGGGACAAAUCCGGAUGGACUGCACUUCAUUGGGCUGUUGUUGCAGGGCAUUCACAGAUCGUUCGCAGGCUCCUGGAGCACCAUUCAAAGUCUGGACAACCCGACCCUGAGUUGUAUAAAAUUCCCAAGGAGCAGGUCAAGUCAUAUACUGAUGGGCUCUCUCCGAUUAUUUUGGCCGCGGAGGGACAAAAUUGCGGAACAUCUAGUGAGGUGGAGAUUUUCUGUGAGCUUGCGAACCACCUAGAAAUUGGAGGAAAAAGUUCAGGUGUUGCCAAGUUUAACACAAUUUGGGAACAGGGAAGAUUUGAUACGAUUCAGUCAUCGUAUUCGACCAAUUUGUGGAGGGCCCUAGGAAAAGAGGAGAAGCACUACGGACUUGAGUGUCGAAUCCCCAAACCCCGGGGACACGGCAGAAAGGAUCUCAACAGCUACAGGAUGAAUGAAUCAAAUUGGAAGUCUGUGUUGUUGCUGUGUGCUAUCCGCGAUAGCCAAUGGUCAGUGAUGCAGAUGCUCAUCAAAGCGGGUGCCGACGUCAACUUUGACUGUGCACUCCAUGCCGCCACCUUCCGCAGUGAUCCACGUUACGUGAAAUGUCUGAUGAAACACGGUGCGGAUGUCAACUGCAUAACGCGGGCCGGGCGUACAGCUCUACAUGAAGCCGUCAUGAAUGGGUUCUUGGAUACAAUUACUGCCCUAGUCAAUGGCGGGGCGGACGUGAACCAGCAACAGACCAUGGAAUACUACGAGUCAGAUCCUAUGGCUCGUCUUACUACUGAAGGCUUCACCUUCUGGCUGACCAGAAAAGGUGCAUCCACACUGAUGCAAGCCUGUGCGUUUUUGCUUGGUCGCAACGACAGAGCUCGCCAGCGACAUAUGCAGCAUCAAAGCCAGCUACCAGAAGAGAAGAGCUUCGAUAUUGUGCGAUUCCUACUGUCCAAAGGCGCAGAUCCGACGUUGACGGAUUCCCUUGGAAUGACAGUACUUCACUACGCGGUCUUGCAACCUCAUGUGUCGCUCAUCAAGCUUCUAGUCCAAUCAGGAGCCUCCGUGGAAGCCUUGGACCACGCGGGACGAACGCCACUGCAUUACCUCGCCCGAUGUGACGAUAAUAUCAAUCUAAAAGACCUCGAGCAGGCAGUCUUCUUACUUUGUCAGAAAGACACCACGGAGCUGUCCCCGAGCCUUCUCAACAGGCCUGUGUCCAGAUCUCUACCUUUAAGUGAAGACCAUGGUACCGCUGUUCGUUCGUUGGCUAUUACCAAGGCUAUGCGAAAGAAUAAUAGAGUCUCGUGGAGUGACGAAGAAGAUGAUUCACGGACCCCGCUUGCCAUUGCUCUACUUAGUAACAGAUGGAAAGUCGUUGAUGUCCUCAUGCGCUUUGGAGCUACCUUCCCAACCAACAUUGACUUGCAGGCCGUAUUGGAUAACGCCAUCAAGGACCACGAAGUUAACAUUGUGGAUAUUUUGAUGCAAAAAGGGGUGCAACCACCGCCAUUCUCGCUGAUGACUCUGAUCCGAGCGUACACGGAGCAGAGGAAAAAGAACAAUGGAUCCAGCGACCUAUACACAAAGUUCAAAUGCAUAUUAAUCACGAUAGUACAUGCCGGAGUGGAUGUGAAUUUUUGUGAGACCGAGGAAAUCUCCCAACCCCAACAUGAGCUUCCAGAGAGCGACGAAGAUGAUACAGAGAGCGAGGAUGAUGACCCGGAGAGCGAUGAUGAGAACACAUAUGUCAAGGAUGGCCUAAGAAUCACCACUCCAUUAAAUCUUGCAGCAAGAAUUGGUGGUUCACGAAACAUACUCGAAGACCUUCUGUUAUUCGGCGCAGACGUGUCCGCUCCCUCGACAGAGACAUUUGACCCGAUUUUGACUGCUGCAUUGUUCGGAGAGCUGGAGGACCUGGAAUGUCUCUUAGACCGAGCUUUGUCUGAUCCACGCGAGUCCCACUGGUCAAUAUUCCUGAGAGACAUGCCCGAGGAAGUAGAUGCUGUCGUCCGUGUGUGCCACAGCCUGAAGAAAGCAGAUGCCCUGAACAGAACCAACUACAAAGGCCGUACACUUCUGCAUCUUGCUGUAGAGCAACACAAGGACAACCUGGUUUCAACCUUGAUAUCGCACGGAGCCAGAACAGACAUCCUUGACAAUGAGAAAAGGCCUGCCAUUGAGCUCUGA